UCCUGUGAGAGUGUGCGCAGUCCAGCCCGUACCCUCUCAGUGGGCGAGUGCUUCUAGUAACCGCCGCCGUCUGCUGUGUAUCGCCCCUCCAUUAAAGCCGCGGCCAUGGCGGAUAGCGCCAGCGAGAGCGACACGGAUGGUGGAGGGAACAACUCGGCGGCAAUGCAGACUUCGUCUUCGGCGUCUGCUUCUGGCAAGUCGGGCAUCGUCAUCUCUCCGUUCCGCCUGGAGGAGCUGACUAACCGCCUGGCCUCGUUGCAGCAGGAGAACAAAGUGCUUAAGAUCGAGCUGGAAACCUACAAGCUGAAGUGCAAAGCAUUGCAGGAGGAGAACCGGGAUCUGCGCAAAGCCAGCGUCACCAUACAAGCAAGGGCUGAACAAGAAGAAGAGUUUAUAAGUAAUACUCUAUUUAAGAAGAUCCAGGCUUUGCAGAAAGAGAAAGAAACCCUUGCUGUCAACUAUGAGAAAGAAGAAGAGUUCCUCACGAAUGAACUGUCGCGGAAACUCAUGCAGUUACAGCAUGAAAAGGCUGAGCUUGAACAACAUUUGGAACAGGAACAAGAGUUUCAGGUUAAUAAAUUAAUGAAGAAAAUAAAGAAACUGGAAAAUGACACCAUCUCCAAGCAGCUGACCCUAGAACAGGAAAUAUUUUUAUGCACUCAGCUAAGACGCGAAAAAAUUGACCUUGAAAACACCUUAGAACAAGAACAAGAAGCGUUGGUAAAUCGUCUCUGGAAGAGGAUGGAUAAACUCGAAGCUGAGAAAAGAAUUCUACAGGAAAAAUUGGACCAACCUGUUUCAGCUCCUCCCUCACCACGAGACAUCUCGAUGGAAAUCGAUUCUCCAGAAAACAUGAUGAGACACAUACGAUUCCUGAAGAAUGAAGUAGAAAGACUAAAAAAACAAUUACGGGCGGCUCAAUUGCAGCACACAGAGAAAAUGGCUCAGUAUUUGGAAGAGGAACGCCACAUGAGGGAAGAGAACUUGCGGCUACAGAGAAAGCUGCAGCGUGAAAUGGAGAGAAGAGAAGCUCUGUGUAGACAACUUUCAGAAAGCGAGUCCAGCUUGGAAAUGGAUGAUGAGAGGUAUUUUAAUGAAAUGUCUGCACAAGGACUAAGGCCGCGCACCGUAUCCAGCCCGAUUCCCUAUACUCCAUCGCCAAGCUCUAGCCGGCCUAUUUCACCUGGUUUGUCAUACGCAAGUCAUACCGUCGGGUUCACGCCACCUACGUCCCUGACGAGAGCUGGAAUGUCCUACUUCAAUUCUCCAGGUUUACACGUGCAACACAUGGGAUCUUCCCACGGUAUUACAAGACCUUCUCCAAGGAGAAGCAACAGUCCUGACAAGUUCAAGCGUCCUACACCACCUCCAUCUCCAAACACUCAAACUCCAGUGCAGCCGCCUCCUCCGCCACCACCUCCACCUCCUCCAGCACAACCAACGGUCCCAUCUCAGUCCAUUGCUUCCCACAAUUCCGUGCACCCUCAGCCCUAGUGCAUGUCUGCAGCAUCUGCAUUUUGAGUUGGACUCAUAACAGGGAUCAGUUUACUUCAAGCCAAAGGCUUAUCUGUCAUAUUUGGAUUUGACUUUAUUUGCACUGAGGUUAUAUUGGCUUCACUGUUUAAUUGUGUUGUAAAUGUUUGUCUAAAAAUACAGCCAGUGUUGUGGGUCUUCAACAUUAACUACCACACACAGUUCCCCGUCCAUGUUGAUUUAAACUACAUGUACGUUCAUAGUCUGGCUGAAACAUUUGCUACUUGAUUUUGAGCAGGACAGAGUUAUUAAAGGUUAUAUCUUGCUGCUCGAAUGCUUCCUUUCAAGACUUUGGGUUUGUAUAAUAAAAGGGAUACCAUUCUUUUUAAUGUUUAUUUUUUUUUAGUUUGCUUUAAAUUAAACAAAGCAUGAUGCAUUGAGCUUUAUUUUAGAUGGUAUCCCAAGCAUACUGUCCGUCACUACAUAUGAGAAAUAUCAAAUAUUAAGAAAAGAAGAAAAAAAAAAUGAUUAGUUCAUUGGCACUGGAAAAAUGUGUUAGAACCCAGUAGUCUGAAGCCAAUGUUGCUUAGAGCAGGCUGGUUACUUAAGACAGAACAGCAUGUUUCAUUGCAAAGCCUUUAAAGCACAGUGUUUAAUGUAAGAAUCAUGUGCUACUAGUGAUAAUGUUUCUGGCUUUACGGAGGUGGGGUGAAGAUAUUCAGUGCCUGUAUUUCAAUUCAAUUUUAUAGCUAAGCAUAAAUCGAGCACACAUUCUGUGUCUGUUGCACACAAAGCAUAAUUGAUGCAAUUUCAUGAAAUCAACCUCUCAUUCUUUAAAGACAUGGUAGUGAAAUGUGGGAAAUUUUGUUUAACUAUGUGGAAUGUAUUGUAAAUGGAAUUUAAAAUUAAUUGUAUCAGUUUUACGUAAUCUUACCAGUAAGCUGUCCACAAAUCCAUUUCUGAAUCUGUUUCAGUAUUUAGUGCUCUUUUUUUAUUAUUUUCACAGUUAAAGGAGGUUCUGAGUUUCACGAAAUAAACUUAGACUUGGCAUUUACCCAUUUUUUUUUUAAAUGUUUUCUGAGGAAAAAAACAGUAUUUUAAAAUCUUAAUCUGGAGUAGACAACACACCAUUAUUGGAAAAAUAAAUUUUAGCAAUGUUUUUUUUGUUUGUUUUUUUAAUUACGAAACAGAGAAAGGACAGAAUACAGAUAAAGUAGCACAGCUUGGCACUAAUUAAUGCUUAUUUAGCAGCCUAUAUAAACCGGUACAAUGUUUGAAGAAUAAUUUUCUGGAAACUUUUUUUUUUUUUAAUUUAGCACAAAUAAAUUGUUUGGUUUCACUUUGCAGUGGAA